GCUUCGGCCGCCAUGGCGGAUGCGGAGUCGGAGACCGAGGGCGGUAGCGAGCGCGGCGGCGGGCGGGCUCCCCCUGGCCGGCGCGGCAGCGCGGCACACGUGGCCCCGCUGGGUCCCGAGCAACUGCGGCGGGUGCUGGCGCAGGUGACUAGGGUGCAGCCGCCGCCGCCGCCCACAGUGCUGCAGGAAGCGGCCCAGCAGGCCGCGGUGCAGCACGCUCCGGGCACCGAUCCUCCGCGCCUGCCGCGUCUGCUGCCGCCCCAGCAACUGGAAGCCAUUUGUGUCAAGCUGACCUCUGGAGACACAAAAGGGCAGAAGCCAACGCUCCUGCCGGCCACCAUCCGACCCCAGCCAGCAGGACAAAGCCUCCUGCCCAGGAGCCAGCUCAGCCUGGUGGGGCUCGGGGUGCAACCUGUGGCUCCUCAGGGACCUGUGCCCACCAAGAGGGUAAAGGCUGUGCCUGCCCUGGGUAGCCAGGACCCCAUGCCGAUGCCUUCAGCAGCUUCUGGCCUGCCCACGGAGACACCUGCUAUGCCAGGUUCUGCACAUUUAUUUCCAUCUGGCUCGAGAGCAGGGCCUGCUGAGAAGUUCAAAAAGACCCCAAAGGUGAAAACCCGUUCCGGACGGAUAUCCCGGCCUCCCAAGCACAAGGCCAAGGAUUAUAAAUUCAUCAGGACGGAGGACCUGGCGGCCGGGCGGCCGUCGGACUCUGAUGAUUACUCGGACCUGAGCGCGGGGGACGAGGAGGAGCAGCAGGCUCCACGGGCGCUGUUUGCUGAGGCCAGUUGCGCCCUGCAGCCCCGGGCCUUCCGCUGCCAGGCCUGCGACAAGGCCUACAUUGGGCAGGGUGGGCUGGCCCGGCACUGGAGGCUGAACCCAGGCCAUGGCUGGCAGCAGCCCGAGGAGGGGUACACGGAGGCCAGCCCCAGGGACCUGGCCCCGCCAGAGCGGGGCACACCCGCGCCGAGCAGACCUGAGCCGCGCACACUGGCUGUGCUCCGCCAGCGCCGGGCAGAGGCCGCACAGGGCAGCCCGCAGUGUGUAGAAGAUGAGGAGGCGAUGAUGCUGGAGCCAGAGUCGAGUGCAGCCGUCGAUCUGCGGAGUGGGGCAGCACAGCCGAGGGCCUGCAGCCAAGCCCGGCUCCGGGAGGUGCCAGCACAGCCGAGGGCCUGCAGCCAAGCCCGGCUCCGGGAGUCACUCCAGCAGUGUGCCCCAGAGGACCUGGUGGAGCUGGUGCUGCCCCGGCUGGCACAGGUGGCCACCGUAUAUGAGUUUCUCCUGGCGAAGGCCAAGGACGGUGGCACCGCGCAGCCCUGCUUCCCGGCCGUGUACAGAGAGUUCGAAGAGCUGCACUGCAGGGUCAGCAGCAUGUAUCAGGAGCUCCUCGGCCGUGCCAGCCCAGCUUCUGGGCAGCCCCUGGACGUCAGGAACCCUCAGGUUGCUGAGUCCUUAGGAAUUACAGGCUUUCUGAGGAAGGCAGAAGCACACUCAGACUGCACAGCAGCCCAGCACCACAGCAUGGAGAGGGCCGGGCAGAGGUCUGAGGAAGCCCGCAGUUGGCAGGGGGCAUGUGAGGCUGCAGAGCAAGCACCCACAGCGUGGAGGCCCCGGCAAGCAGUUCUGCCCAUGACCUGCCCAGAGUGCCCUGCUGCCCACAGUAGAGACCAGGAGAUUCCCGGGCUGUCUACACCCACUGCACACCUGGGUUUCACCCCUCCAGCGAGUGGGACUACUCCUCCCCCUUCUGAAGGCAGCCAGGGGCUGGCCGUUUCCGGUGGUGACACAGGUGUGUCACAUGCAGGCUGUCAGCUUAAGGAAUCUGCUGACUCUGAAGCCAGAUGUCAUGCCAGUGGGCUGUGCUCGCAGGACUGGCCCAGACAGGUCACCGCUGACUACAGGACACCAUGCCAGCAAUCUGAAGCAGCUCCUCCAAGGGAUGGAGGUGGAUGUUGGCCACGGAGACCUGGAAUGUGUGCCUGUGGGGGACACUGUGACUUUGGGAAUUACAAGUGGGUACCCAGAGGUGUUACCUCAGGGCAAGGAGCAGAUCUUCAUUCAGACUGCCAGUGGAGUCCUCCCGUCCCACGCGAGGACCACCAUGUCCCAGGGGGACGCUGUUCUGGUGACUGGCACAGAAGGCCCUGGCCUGCACGUUGGGGGCCUGGAAGGUGUCCCCCUGGGUUUGGGCACAGCUCUCACUGUACCGGCAGAGCCCUCGCAGUGAUCAGAGGUGUGGCGUCUGUCUCUCCUGGAGUCUGGGGUGGGCAGGGGCAUUUCUCCCAUGUGAGCCCUGACACAGAUGAGCCUCUGCUCGCCCCACUGUCCUUGGUGUGUAUAGUACUAGGGAUGCGAGCCAGGCCUCUGUGCACAGAAAAUCUCCAGACCUUUUUAUUUUUUAAUUUGCUUUUUAAAAGUCUUCCUAUGUACCCCAGGCUGGCCUGUUCUGGGCACAGGGCUGAGCUCACAGGAGGGAGAAAACAGGCUGGGGUGUACCCGUGGGCACAGGAAGUCCAGGGCAGCAAAGGAAGCCCUCCCCCCCAGCCCAUCAGCACACAAAUGCCCUGGGCAUUUCCUCAUCUGUAAAAGGACAAAGAGGGUGUGCCCCGUGUUCUCCUUAGUAGAUGAAUUAAGUCCAGUCUCUGUGGAUGAGCUAGGGGUGGCAGUGUACAUCUGGCCUCCCCACUAUUCAGGAGGCUAAAGCAGAAUUACAUGUCCCUGGCCAGCUUGGGACUGAUACACAGAGCAGAGCCUGUGGAUGUAAGUGGGAGAGUCUGAGUUCAACCCUGUACCACUAAGGAGGUCUUGAUAAACUUAGCUAAGUAGCAUGUUCAUGCAAGAACUCCCUCACCAGGGGCCGAGGCUGGUGCUCAGUGCGGAGCACUUGCUUAGCGUGCCUGAGGCCCUGCUUCUGCCCAGAGUCCCCCUACAAGUGUUAUUCAGUGUUACAGAGUCCUAUAGAAUGUGAGCCGCAGGAACUCACGCUCCUCACUGGCCUCUCGCCCCCUCAGCCUGCACACCGUGGUGACUGCGGAAGUGGUUUGCAUUUCCAUGCUGCCAAACUGUACGGGACUUCACGUGUGAUUUGUGAUUACAGAACUGAUAUAUUCUCAUAAGGAUUUAUAGGGCUGGCCAAACAGCUCAGCAGA